CAAGGAUGAUGUGCAUAAAUCGAGAAAUGGUCGCUUGCUUAAAACUAAUCGAGUGGCAAAGCAAAAAACAAACCGAGUGGCAAAGCAACCCAAAUAGUACAGUAGUUCAACUCUUAUCCACAAAUGUCUAACGCAGUGACUCUGCCGUGUCUCGGCAUCGUCAGCAUGGCGCGCCGCCCAAAACGGACGGCAAAGACUAACCAAAUCCCACCGCCGACUAGCGUCGGCUUUGGAAUGAGCAAGAGGAAGGAGCCGCUGUGGCAAUGCGUGGAGGGUUGCGGAGCUUGCUGCAAACUCGAAAAGGGUCCCUCUUUCGCUACCCCUGAAGAAAUCUUCACCGACCCUGCUGACGUUGAGCUUUACAGAAGUAUGGUGGGUUCGGAUGGGUGGUGCGUGCACUUGGAGAAAAGCACACGCAAGUGCUCCGUUUACAAUGAGCGUCCAUAUUUUUGUCGCGUGGAGGCAGACGUGUUUGACAAACUGUAUGGGAUUAGCAAGAAGAAAUUCAAUGUGGAAGCUUGCAGGAGUUGCACGGACACCAUCAAGUCUGUUUAUGGUCCCUAUUCCAAGGAACUGGGUAACUACAAUAGCACAGUAAUGAGCUCCAGUUCUAGUUAAACCAUUGUAAUUUCCACUGCUCGAUCAGAUAAGGUGAAGGUGCGAAGGUUUUCAAACGAUCAGUAACCCCUUCAGCAUCAUCAUAGUCGGUAACCUCUUGGGUCGUGCAUUUCACUCCGGGAGGAAGCCUUUAGCGCCAGACAUUUUCAGCAGCUGCAGGCUUAAAUUUGGGACGAGCAAUAGGCUGAUGAUGUUGGAGGUGACAAGCUAAUGUAUUUCACAAAGUGCUUCAUUAAUUCUUCAACAUCUCUGUUAUAUAAUGUUGAAGGCUUGAAGCCUCCAUGGCUGUUUUGUUCUCUGCCAUGCUAACUUGUAAGACAUUCUACUAAAAUCAUAUUGAAAUUUGGUUAUAGAAGGAA